UCUCCAUGGUAACGUGUGCUAAGUUGCAGCAGUCGUGUCAAAGUUCACUAUAUAGAGAGCUCGGUGAGCUGAUCAGAGAGAAAGCAUUCUGCCAGCCCAGCGCCUCCAAAUCGCAAACACUUCCUAACCUCCUCUAUUUCAUCAUAUUUGAUCACUUUGAUUCUCCAUUCUAUUCUCUCAUUAUUUCUGCUACACGCAAAGGAAGCUCAGGGGGUUGUGCUCUCUUUUUUGUUUCCUUAUCGCUGCCGCUCGCCUGGAGAGUUGACUUCAUAUUUGACUCGAUCACAGAGGCUUGGUUUUGCGCGCUGUGGCGACUAACACUACCUCAUCUGGGGAAAAAAGGAAGAAACGGCGAUAUUUUGGUCUAGUUUUCUUCAACACUUCGAGACUGGAACUUGCUAUUUCGCUAGCCAGUUUCUGUAAUCUAUACGUGCUCUGCUAUUUUCCGCGAGUCUGAACGCCGUUAAGUUCCAUCGGCCCAAUCUCUCUAAAAGACUUUUACUCAUCUCUGGUCGUCGUAUUUAUUUUUCACUUUUUUUUAUCUUCUACGGCUUUCCUGGAUGGAUGACUGCAGUCGCCCCUGGACGUGGCCUCUAAGAGCAGGACUGCGAUUCGGCUCGUCUUCUUCCCAGUUCUAACCACUGCCAAGUCCCAAAAGCGGGCUACGCUUUGUCGUCGGCGCGCCAGUUUCAGUGGGAUAAAAUCACAGGGUGCAUUUUUUUAUUCGCCCGAUCUGCAGAAAAUCGUGCUGUGUUGCUUUAGAACAAGGGACACAACGACACGCUAACAAACAAACAAAAAAAAAAACCCAAGAAAAAAAACGGACUACACAAAGUUGCUGACUGAUUAGAUAUGGCAAUGGUAGUGUGGAGAGGCUCCCAGGACGAUGUGGCCGAGACGCAGGGCACCCUCUCAUCGCAAGCCCAAGGCGGACUAACCCUUGCGACCCCUCAGCCGGGCCAGCUAAACCUCACCGCCUCGCAGGUUGCGCCUCCGACCCCGCAAACUCCUGUUCAAGGAGCGCCAAAUAGCAACGCGCAGUCCACGCCAACAAAUCAGACGUCUCAGAGUCAGUCGGACAAGCAGCAGCAGCAACACAUCGAGUGCGUAGUGUGCGGCGACAAGUCGAGUGGCAAGCACUAUGGCCAGUUCACGUGCGAAGGCUGCAAAAGCUUCUUCAAGCGCAGCGUGCGGCGUAACCUCACGUACACGUGCCGCGCCAACCGGAAUUGUCCCAUCGACCAGCACCACCGCAAUCAGUGUCAGUACUGUCGCCUCAAAAAAUGUCUAAAAGUUGGCAUGAGACGGGAAGUUUCUCUUUUUGCAGCGGUCCAGAGGGGCAGGAUGCCACCCACGCAGCCGCACCACGGCCAGUUCGCCCUUACGAAUGGGGACCCGCUGCACUGCCAUUCCUACCUAUCGGGAUAUAUCUCUCUGCUGUUGCGAGCAGAGCCAUACCCCACGUCGCGCUAUGGCAGCCAGUGUAUGCAGCCCAACAACAUCAUGGGCAUCGAGAACAUUUGCGAACUCGCGGCGCGCAUGCUGUUUAGCGCUGUAGAGUGGGCCAGGAAUAUUCCCUUCUUCCCCGACCUUCAGAUCACAGACCAGGUAGCUCUGCUCAGGCUCACCUGGAGCGAGUUGUUUGUCCUCAACGCAGCCCAAUGCUCCAUGCCACUGCAUGUAGCUCCUCUGCUAGCCGCCGCGGGCCUCCAUGCCUCCCCUAUGUCCGCGGACAGAGUGGUCGCCUUUAUGGACCACAUUAGGAUUUUCCAGGAGCAAGUUGAAAAGCUCAAAGCGUUACAUGUCGACUCUGCCGAAUACAGCUGCUUAAAAGCCAUCGUGUUAUUCACCACGGAUGCUUGCGGUCUGUCAGACGUGGCCCACAUCGAAAGUUUGCAAGAGAAGUCGCAGUGUGCAUUGGAGGAGUACGUGCGGAGCCAGUACCCUAACCAGCCUACGCGAUUUGGGAAGUUAUUACUACGCCUUCCUUCUUUGCGCACAGUGUCCUCUUCGGUCAUAGAGCAAUUAUUUUUCGUCCGAUUGGUAGGUAAAACCCCAAUUGAAACGCUCAUCCGGGAUAUGUUGCUGUCAGGGAGCAGUUUUAACUGGCCAUAUAUGUCCAUUCAAUAAGCAAAAGGAAGGAUCGGAAACGGGGUCCACUAGUUAGCGCUUCUUUUUGUUGAAGAAACCCGGCUGUUACACGAGUUUACUUUCAUGGAAAAAGACGUUUUUCAUAAAUGACUGUGAAUCUUCAAAUCUGAGACUUUAAAUGAAACUACCUGGGGCGGUCGGAUGGGGGGUAUUUAAUUUUUUUUAAAACAAAAGAAAUACAAAAGUGCGAAAAGAGUAAAGGGACAAAACCACAAAGAACCUACCUUCUGGAGAAUGGUAACUAUAAAGUGCAUUUUUAAGUGCAUUUAGGAUAAUUUCGACAAAUUCAGAAAGUUUUUUUUUACUUUUUACUAAAUGUCAAAUGGCUCUUAUGUUCUGUGUCAAUGUAUCUAUUUUUGUUUUUUCGUUUUUCUCUUGUUUACAAUUCGGCCUAUGUGAUUCUGUAGUAUGAAGCUGGUUCUUUCUAUGAUAAUCAUGGCUUAAACACUUUUGUAAAGACGUUCUUUAUUAAUCGAAAGUAAAUUUACAGCAAUAUAGGGCAAUAUACUUAUAAAUGCUGAAAGCGCACUUACUCAGAACUCAGUCAAAUAAAUCCCAGUUUAGACUCAAUGCACCACGGUGUAUGUUACGAUGCCACUAUGCUGUGUAUUUGUUAUACUCCCAAAAACUAUUAAACUAUUUGGACAUUACACUACUAGAACUGCGUGCGUGCGCGCGCGUGCCAUAAAUAGAGUGUGUUUUCUGCUGUUGUUUUGAUGCUGCGACAUGCUCCAUUGGUCUUAUUUGAAUUAAUCUCAAUAAUUGGUUUAAACUGUAAUGUGCAGGAAAAAAUACUUGAUUUGACUUGUUCAAAGUUAAUCUUUUCAAAUAUUUGUAGUAGAUUUUCUGUCCGCUUUGCGAAAUUGUCAAAAUUUUACGCUAUUGUUAAAGCCCAUUACACUGUAUUUUAAAAGCAGUUAAGCAGUAUUAAAUAAAUAAAUAAAUAAAUAGAAAUAAACGGCUCACAAAAGCCUCCCCCAACACACUUAAAGCAUUAUAAAAGUGCCUGUAAAGAACGAAAUCACUGAUUUGUUAUUUAAACGUAUGUCUAGGAUAGAGAACGUUGGGAAUAAUUUUACAAUUCAGUCUUAUGAUUGAGAAUUUCACUUGAAAAAGAGGGAGAGACGACAGUUUGAAGCAGUAUUCUUGUAAAUAUAUAGGUCAAUUUAUUGACUUUUUUUCUUAAAAAAAUAUAUGUGAUUAAGAAAAACUGUGGUUGCCAUUUUUUCGGUAAAACAAAUGUCUUCAACAUUGAGUGGCAGAGUUAGCUAGUAGCACUGACUUUUUUUUGUAUUGUACAUACAUAUUACGACAAAUGUUUUUUUUUAUGUAUUUAGACUGUGAAUGCAUGGCCACAGGUCGCUAACCUAUUUUACCCUUGAUAUAUAUAAAUGUAAAUGUUUUUGACUGUAUAGAUAUAAUCUGUGCAUUCAGUACACUAGCCCUUGUAUUUAAGAAGAUGAAAAAAGAAACCAAACGGUCAAUAAUAGGAUAAGACUUAACAGGGUGAGCUGGUUUGCAAAGGGGUGGAUAUUUUGACUUCAGUGUUCCUGCUCCUUUUCGGUCUGUAACAGAUGCCUUGUAUGUGUGUGUAAGUGUGAAAGCUUGCAAUUUCGUCCUUGUCUCGAGGCUUUUCUUCAACACACAAGACACCAUGUUGUGGUUGGAUAAAAAGGGAUCAUAUUGUGUAGUUGACUGAACAGUUAUCCUAGGCUGUUCCUAUGCCACAUAUGGACCAGUGAAUGCUACAUGAUUGUAAUUAUGAACAGUUUAAACUGACCCACCUUUUUAUAUAAAUAUAUAAGAAUAUAUUACUGCAGGGUAUUGAUAACGUAUAGAUACUUUAUUAUUAUUAUUAUUAUUAUUAUUAUUAUUAUUAUUAUUAUUAUUAUUAAUUGCAAGUGAUAUACGUGAGUAUGUGUGGAAGUUUAUAGUUGAAACAAUUCUUGUUUGUUUGUGUUAGCUUAUUGUAAACAAGCAUUCUGCUGUAAAUUUGUUCUUGGUAUUAAAUUAUAAUUUAUAAAUUUGAAAUCAAAAA